AUGGAUCCUUCAUCGCUAAAUUCAGCGGAAUUGGAACAGUUCCUUUCUCAAGAGAAGGAAAGAGCUAUGGUUAACGAGAUGGUGGCAAAGCUUACAAGUGCAUGCUGGGACAAAUGCAUCACAAGUUCACCUGGGAGCAAGUUCAGCUCAAGUGAAACAUCUUGCCUUUCUAACUGUGCUCAUCGUUAUAUGGAUAUGAGUCUCAUCAUUAUGAAACGCUUCCAGUCCAUGAACUAA